AUGGUUGUAGUUGAACGUUUUUCGGAGAUCUCAUUUGGUGAACGUUCACCCAAUGAUUGUGAAGAAAUGUGGAAUAAGCUCUUCAAGAAAGCAAGAACUAAUAGAGAGCUGGUUGAAGAAAUAAGAGAAUAUUUGGUUGGGAAAGAGCUAAUGACUAUUGAAAAAAGAGCUUUCGGAACAGUUCCAAGGGUUCUGCAACAACAACAAUUUUAUUUGUGGUCUUGA